AGUUUCUCGUCUCCAUAUUGUGCCCCUCGCACUAAAAGUGCAUGUAUAGUUGUGCCAGUGGAAAUUCUAUUCAUGAUUCAUCACCAUCAAAUAUCACAGGAUUUGGAUUAAAUCGCAAUUAUGUCUAGUGGACCUCAGCAUAAACAUCGUUACAAGAAUGUCGGUCUCGAUGCCCAGGAGCUACGACGACGACGUGAAGAAGAAGGAGUUCAGCUGCGCAAGCAGAAGAGGGAACAGCAACUGUCAAAGAGGCGUAAUGUGCCGACUAUCGGGACUGAUGAUGAAACCAUCUCCAAUACUAAUGAGUACCCAACACCAGCAGCUCUGAGUCUCUUCCAGCAACAACCAGUGAUAACAAAAGAAAUGGUGGAAGCCCUCUACAGUGAAAAUAUAGAGGAGCAGGUGGCAGCGACUCAAAAAUUCCGAAAGCUCCUGUCACGCGAGCCGAAUCCUCCAAUUGACGAGGUCAUUCAGACCGGAAUAGUUCCCCGAUUUGUUGAAUUCCUGAAGACCGACACAAACUGCACACUCCAAUUCGAGGCAGCAUGGGCAUUGACGAAUAUAGCCAGUGGUACAUCUCCCCAGACACACAUGGUGAUCGAGGCAGGAGCUGUUCCCACGUUUAUUGCCCUGCUGGGCUCCUCGUACGAGGAUGUGCAGGAGCAGGCAGUGUGGGCCUUGGGAAACAUCGCUGGUGACAGUCCAGAGUGUCGUGAUCACAUACUCAGCAGUGGAAUUCUACCGCCACUGCUUCAACUGCUCUCCAAGACUACCAGACUCUCGAUGACGAGGAACGCUGUAUGGGCACUGUCAAAUCUCUGCAGGGGAAAAAGUCCACCCCCAGCCUUCCCCAAGGUCUCACCAUCUCUGCCAAUUCUAGCACAUUUACUCAAUCACUCGGACUUUGAUGUACUCGCUGAUGCCUGCUGGGCACUUUCCUACCUCAGCGAUGGACCCAAUGAGAAAAUUCAGGCUGUCAUCGAUGCUGGGGUCUGCCGACGUCUCGUUGAGCUACUGAUGCAUGAGCAGAAUAAUGUUGUGAGUGCUGCACUGAGAGCUGUGGGAAAUAUUGUCACCGGUGAUGAUGUGCAGACCCAAGUGGUGCUCAAUUGUUCAGCUUUGCCCUGUCUCCUGCAUCUGUUGAGCUCCUCUCGUGAGGCUAUCAGGAAAGAGGCAUGCUGGACUGUCUCUAACAUCACAGCUGGCAAUGCUCAGCAGAUACAGGCGGUCAUCGAUGCCAACAUCUUUCCAGUGCUCAUUGAGAUCCUGGGGAAGGCCGAGUUCAAGACGAGGAAGGAGGCUGCAUGGGCCAUCACUAAUGCCACCAGUGGUGGAACACCCGAGCAGAUACGAUAUCUCGUGCUUCAUGGCUGCAUUCAGCCUCUCUGUGAUUUACUCACUGUCAUGGAUCCCAAGAUCGUGCAGGUGGCACUCAAUGGACUCGAGAACAUUCUCAGACUUGGAGAACAGGAUAUUAAUGUUCACAAUGGAGUCAAUCCGUACACUGUUGUCAUCGAGGAGUGUUAUGGCCUAGACAAAAUUGAAUUCCUCCAGUCACACCAGAAUAUGGACAUAUAUCAAAAAGCAUUUGACAUAAUCGAGCGUUACUUCGGCUCCGAGGAGGAAGACGCGAGAAUCGCCCCAGGAGUUGACUCACAGGGUCAGCAAUUCCAAUUUACUACCCCAGACUCAUCGCAAAUGCCAGUGCAGAACUUCCAGUUCUAGAGGAAUUCCACCAACGUGGGACGUGCAUUAUAACCGCUUAUGCUACGACUAAAAAGAUCAAUUUUCUCAGGGUGAGAUAAUUCGCCCGCAGAAUCGAUUGUUGAAUGGAAUAACCGACGAUUCAGUAACGAUUUUGAUUAUGGAAAUCUUCUGUUGCAUGGGAAUUCAUUUUUCAACACUUGAUAAGAAUAUGAGGGAAUCAAGUAUAAAAUAACAAUUGAUCUAUCUUUUAUUGCAAUUUUCUGGAGGUGAAAUUAUCUGAUUGUGAAAACACAAAAACAGCUCCAGUCUCUUUGUUAUGAAUUUAUUUCUUCCUUUAUCAUUUUAAAAAAUGUUGUAUAGGUUCUACAGUGAUGCGAAUUAUUUAGAUCUUAAUACAAUACGUCAGAUUGUAUGACAAUUGAUUUUUUUUCUUCAUUAUUAUAUUAGUUUUGUUUAUUCGAUUGAA